AUGGAAAGGCAAUUCAACGGACGCCACGGUGCAAAACAACGAUUGUUCCAUCCGGACCAGGUAGUGCUGGCAAAGGACUGCAGGAACAAUCGGAAGAAGUGGACGCUUGGACGAGUUCACCGAAAGCGCGGUGACGCUGUCUACGAGAAUCGAGUCUGCUCAGAAAUUUGGGUGCGCCACACCGAUCAGCUGAAACACACUGAAUAUGCUGAAGUGCCAAAUCCAAGCCCAACCUUAUCACUGUAA